CGGCUCAAGCCUGGCCCUCACCUCCAUGUUGGCUGCUGCCUGCACCCCACUCAGGGCUCUGCCGGCGGACAGCCUUGGCGAGCAGGCUGGAGGGCUGGAGCCCAGGGAUGAGAGUGUCCAGGGGAGAUGUGAGCCCAGCCGGUUGCCCGCUGACCUGUCGCUGAAGCGGGCCCCCAGGCUGGGCCUGCCCCAUCCCCGGCCCAGCAUGCGCCUGUCGGUGCGGAGGCUGCUGCUGGCAGCUGGCUGCGCCUUGGCCCUGGUGCUGGCGGUCCAGCUGGGCCAGCAGGUGCUGGAGUGCCGGGCGGUGCUGGCAGGCCCCCGGGGCCCCCGGCGGACCAUGCGGCCAGAGCAGGAGGAUCUGGUGAUGGUGGGCACGAACCACGUGGAGUACCGCUACGGCAAGGCCAUGCCACUCAUCUUUGUGGGCGGCGUGCCCCGCAGCGGCACCACGCUGAUGCGUGCCAUGCUGGACGCCCACCCCGAGGUUCGCUGCGGCGAGGAGACCCGCAUCAUCCCCCGCGUGCUGGCCAUGCGCCAGGCCUGGUCGAAGUCGGGCCGCGAGAAGCUGCGGCUGGAUGAGGCGGGCGUGACGGACGAGGUGCUGGACGCUGCCAUGCAGGCCUUCAUCCUGGAGGUGAUCGCCAAGCACGGCGAGCCGGCCCGUGUGCUGUGCAACAAGGACCCCUUUACCCUCAAAUCCUCUGUCUACCUGUCACGCCUGUUCCCCAACUCCAAGUUCCUGCUGAUGGUGCGGGACGGCCGGGCCUCCGUACACUCCAUGAUCACGCGCAAGGUCACCAUAGCCGGCUUUGAUCUCAGCAGCUAUCGUGACUGCCUCACCAAGUGGAACAAGGCCAUUGAGGUGAUGUAUGCCCAGUGCCUGGAGGUGGGCAGGGACAAGUGCUUGCCUGUGUACUACGAGCAGCUGGUGCUGCACCCCCGGCGCUCCCUCAAGGUCAUUCUCAGCUUCCUGGGCAUUGCCUGGAGCGAUGCCGUCCUGCACCACGAGGACCUCAUUGGCAAGCCGGGCGGUGUCUCCCUGUCCAAGAUCGAGCGGUCCACGGAUCAGGUCAUCAAGCCUGUGAACCUGGAAGCACUCUCCAAGUGGACUGGCCACAUUCCUGGGGAUGUGGUGAGAGACAUGGCUCAGAUCGCCCCCAUGCUAGCUCGGCUUGGCUAUGACCCCUAUGCAAACCCACCCAACUACGGCAACCCUGACCCCAUCGUCAUCAACAAUACCUAUCGGGUUUUGAAAGGGGACUUCAAAACACCAGCCAAUCUAAAAGGAUAUUUUCAGGUGAACCCGAACAGCACCUCCUCUACCUAGGAAGCUCGUGAUUUCCAGAUCUCUACAUAUGGCUUUCUGUUGCCAAGAAGCGAAGGAACUUUGCACUCAAGUGGAAAUCGGACCUCUAAUCCAAGCAUAUUGCUUGCUAUCAAUCGCCAAAACAGGACUACUGAUGAGGAAUGUAUUUGCAUAUGUUUGCAAAAGCUAAAUUAUUGAAAACUUACCUUGCAACUCUCUUAUCUGUGGACACAACCAGGUCAGAGAACAAAAUGUGGGGAAGUAGCCCGGCUUUUGAAACUUAGGUAUUUUCUAUUUUUCCCCUUAAGAACUUUUUUUUAAGAAAUGGAUCUUCCGUCCUCCUUAAUUUGCGGGACUGCCUUAGUGGCUUUGUUUGCUGGGACAAGGCCCACAACCUGUGCCUCUCCUGUUCAUCCUGACUUUGAAUUCAGAGAAUCUAUUUAAGAAUUUAAUAUAUGAGGCUUUCUUUGAUUCCUCCUCAGUUCUGUUUCGUUUCUUUCACGGGUGGGGGGAAGAAAGGUUGGAAUAAAGUGAACAGGGGCUCAUUUCUUUGUGCCUUACUUCAC